GGAUUUCUGGGAAGAAGAAGGAGGCUAUCGAGGUUGGGACUUUGGAGAGAGAGAGGUAUAGAGAGAGGCACUUUGUAAAGGCGUCACAUCGAUCAGAGCCCGAAGUCGCAGUCCAGGAGCUUGUCAAACCCUCCAACACUCCUGUCUCUCAAUCAGAAGCUACCAUCCUCCCCAACCCUUUCAAGCACUACCUGGUUUGGACUUCUGUGUCGUGAACCCCUGCUUGCCAUCAUGUCGGAGAUGGAGAUCGUGGAGGACCGGGCCAAGCUGAAACAGGGCCUGGUGAAGGUGCUGCAGUGUGUGGCCACCAUCUCAUCUGCUGCGGCUGUGGUCAACCCCAUUUUUGGCGUGGCCGGCUCUCUAAUCCGAGUGGUGCUGCACCAUGUGGACGAUGAGGACAUCCAGACACUGAAGCGCGAGUUUGGCUCUGUCAACCGUGCCCUGGACCAGCUGUCCCAGCAGAACCGCGGCGCCCUGCUACAGAUCAAGAAGGAGACGCUGGACGGCCAGUACUGCUGUGUGGAGGAAAACCUGCGCAACCAGUUCCGCAAGUUUAUGGAGAUGGUGGAGGCACGGCCUGAGCACUGUGAGCGCAAGAAGGUCGACUUUGAGGAGAGCUACUCCAACGACCUAGGCGACCAGAACCUGCACACACUCUACGAGGGUGUGGUGGGCAAGCCCAAGCUGUUCAGCCGGCCCAUCCUGGAGGUGUACCUGAAGCACUCGCAGGGCGACCGCCGCACCAUGGAGAACCUGUGCACGCGCCUCACAUACCUCUUCUGCAUCGGCCUGAUCGCCCUCAUGGGUUACGCCGCUGUCAUCGGAGACGACGAGGAGGGCAUCAGCGACGAGUGGACCGAGAAGAUGGAGCACGUGCAGGAGAGGAUGCAGGAGGCCCUCCAGAAAUGCAAGUGAAGAGAAGGAGAAGGAGGUGUAGAGGCUGCUACUUGUCCUCCAUACACAGGACUCUCUCCACAUUCCCUCUAGGACCCCCCCCCCCCCCAUUCCAUAUGCUCAGUUCAGGCCAUUAUAAUGAGCCCUUCUCCCCUCAUCAGCUUCAUGUGAUGUGGAUUCAUUAUUCUUUAAUGAUCACAUGGCUAUUCACAGUUGGUAUCUAUGAGUUAGAGGUAAGUAAAUUGAAUGAAAACAGUCAGUGAUUUGCCUCAUCCACAGCAGUAGUCAAUGAACAGACCUAUAUAAUAUACGUGAAUGUUGAUAUGGAAACCUGCAUACACAGCGGCCUGACGAUCAACAUUUGGACUGGCUCUCAAUUAGAUUUAACUAUGCCAUUCCUAUCUUCUAAAGAGUAAGAUGGAGUGGUUUUAAUGUCUGACAAUACUCAGCACUUUCGAAAAAAUAUAUUCUCUUGCUGGUAUUUGCUGGUGAUUUAGAGGGAGACACAGAGAACAGGCUCAUUCUGUUGCGUGAAUGUAAGAUUCACCAUAAUGGGUAUCUAUUUGAACAGAUAUAUAUACUCCAUGCAAUUCUAAUAGCGCCACUGAUGCAACCUAGCACUUUCAGUAAAAAAAAACAUGAUCUAUACUGUGGACACUAUUAACAUAGCAUGCCAAUUGCCUAAAUACAAAAACAAUUGACUUUACAGUGGGUUAAUUAGUAUUACUUUACUAAUUACUGUAGGUAAUUUGUAACCAUAUAUCUGCAGCUAAAUUGACUGUUAUUUAGCAUUUAAUUGGAGAUAGCAUAAAAAAACUAUUGAUAAAUUAUGCACACCCCCCCCCCCACACACACACACAUACACAACACUAGCAUUAUAUUGCUUCCAUAAUUAUUCAACAAAAACACUAGACUGUCUGUCAAAGCGCUUUGGCCCGGAUAAUGAAGUCAGUGGAAUGAUAAUCAUACUGUAACUAACACUAAACACUUGUAGCCUGUUUUAAUUUAAUACCAAAACUGGCCUACUAUACUGUCCAAAAACACUACUGUUUCCUUUUCAACCAUAUUGUUUGGUGUUUGUUUGUUUUCAUGAACCCACUAUGGUGGGUGUGAUGUAAGCCAACCAAGUGCAGUUACUACACUAAACUAUACGUGACAACUAAUCGCACAACAAUACAAAAGGUCAAAGUAUACAUUAGCUUUAAGUGCUUUCUCUCUUAUGGGUUUUCUUGUAUCACAGAUCAAUUAAGUAUUAGCAAAAAUGUUUGUUUGUUUUUACCAAGGUUGCGUUCAUAAAUUCACUCUGGCCAUCUACUACGAUUUCAGAGCACUCUCGUCUGAGUGUGUCGUCAGAUUAAUUUUCGAACACGCAACACCCAUUGAAUAUGACCUGUGUCAAUAAACAUCUGCAAAGAAAAUAUAUUUAAAUUGUUGCCAGCAGCACAGUUAGUCACCAACACUCUACACAACACGAGUGAGGUGUUCUCUCAUUUGUGUCUUGAAGUAGCUAGCAAGCUAGCCAACUUUAGCCAGUUAUCUUAGGUGCUUGACUGCCGUUGUGAGGUCAGAACGCUCAGAUCAACCCUAUUCCCCGGCCAGAGCGUCCAUUGUGCCCUCUAAACGUUCAAAGAGCGAAAGGCUCUGAAUAUACAAAUUGAGAAUCUGACAACACUCAAAAUAUAUGAAGGCGCAAAUUACGAACACACCCUAAAUAAUUUGAUUUCUGGGGAAUUAUCUUUGCUCUGUGACCCCCUUUCUUUUCACUUAAUCUAUUAUAUUAUUUUCAUAUUUUGAAGCAAUUUACACCACAAUUAAUGUAAGAGAUAUUUUUUUUUUACUCAAAUACAUUAUGGUGAUGUUUUGUAGAUGUUUUCGGGAUUUUAUACAUCUUAAAUGGCCAUAGUAGUUUUUAUUUAGAUAAGAAUCCUCUCAUAACUGACCAACAGUGUCUCUUACACUGUGGUCCAUGUUCCGUGUCCCCUUACUGUGUCUUGCCUAAGAAAGGGUUCACAAAGUUAUGUUUCCUGUUCUUUACUUAAUUUGUUCUUGUGCUCUAAAGGACUGCUGUUUGAUUUGAUCUCUUUCUUCUGUGCUAUAAACCCCACUACUCAGAUUUCCAGUGUUACUGAUGUCUAUACUCACAGAUCCAAGAGAGCUCUCCAUAUCUGUGAUUCAUAACCCUAUAUUCAAUGGAAUGGCUUUUCUGUGGUACCAGUCCCUGUCUCUCAUGUUGUUACAACUGAGAUGUAUGGCUGUUAAAUAGUUAUAAUUCUGUACUGUUAAAAUUAAUAGAUGGGAAUAUAUUUACCACUUUAUGGCUUUCUGAAAAUAUAUGCUCCUCAUCUAAACUUCAUAGCCUAUUUUUUGUUAUGUUCUUUGUUGGCUGGUUGUACUAUGCAGCACUAUCAAUAAAGAUUGAAUGUAAAAUA